AUGGCGUCAGAUAUCCCGAGUGCCACGGUCCUGGCUGUGCGUCGCUCUUGGAAAUUUGCAGCCAUAUGUCAAUUUUUGUUCACUUUUGAUGUGGCACUCGCAUUGGACGGAUUCCAUACGCAGCGUCUGGAAACGGCGCUAGAUCUGGGGCAAAUGGGCUAUAUUUCGUGGCUUUGUACACGUUUACUCUCUUUCUUGACACAAAAUCGUCGUCUUACUGAAAGUGAUUGGGAAGAUGCAUUUCGAUACCAGUGGAGUAUCCGCGCAUCAUCGUCUGAACCGGCGCCACUUGGCACAUUAGAGGACCCGGUAUCUUGGGACCAGCUUGAUAUAAUCAACAAACUAACUUGUUUACACAGUCUAUGUGAAUGGCAGCUUGAAAUACCUGAGAGGCUCCGAGCCAAAAACGACUCUGAAGAAGAGGCAGUGACGUGGCGUGUGAUGCCAGUGGGAUGGGAUAGACAUGGCAACACGUACUGGCUUUUUGAUGAUAACCGUCUCUGGAUUCAACGAUUGCCGAUUCAGCGAUCAAAAAGUAAACAAAAACGCGCUCAUUCCACGAAAAAUACAUCCACAUCAAAAAAGGCCCGAGCGAUGCCGCCGCCACCACCGCCUGCUGGCCGACGUUCGUCUAGGCUCAGUAGUAUCAAAAAGGAUUCUAUUGGCCCCCAGGAUCUGUUUGAUUCGGACUCGGAACUGUCGCCGCCUCCUGAUGAUGAUGAUGAUACGAGCGACACGAAAGACGCGCACGAACCAUGGUUCGAAUUCGAAACAAUUUGCAUUACUCGUCAUGAAUGGCAAGCUUUUGUGGACCGUUUUGCAAAGUCAAAACACCCAGAUGAACGGAAUAUGUAUAACUACAUUAGCAAGGAGAUAUUGCCCCCGAUCCUCGAGGUAAUCCAUGCGGAAGAGAAGAGACUUGCCAUCGAAGCAGCGCUUUCUAAUCGUAAGCGCAGUAGCCGCAUUGCAUUGCGGGAUAGCGAGCGUGAGCAGCGCGAACGGGAAGAAGCAGAACUUCGUGAACAAAAAGCACGUGCAGCAGCAGCAGUUCAAGCUGAGCGUGAACGUGUUAUGCGCGAAGCUGUAGAGCAACAGACGCAAAAAAGUCGCGAGGACCGACUUCGUGAGCGUAGCGAACGGCUGCUUGCGAGGGAACGCAUGAUACACGAACGUAUGGCCCAAGAAGAAUCGAGAAAAACUGCUGAUGCAUGGCGCCUUCGUUGUGAAAUUUGCACGAUGGAUGAAAUGAACCCAGCCGAGUCACGGCCUGUGGUGGCUUGUGAAAAGUGCGGCAACUGGCAACACGCGAGUUGUUGGGAAGAAGAAGACCGGCGACACAAUGUACAGCCGCGUAAUUGGGAUGACACUACCUUUGUGUGUCGCCAUUGUGAUUCUCCCUCCACGCCUGAUAAAGCACCGACACUAGCUGUUUCUACCGAGAUGCAUGAUGAAUCUUUGACGUCAACACCAGGUCCUGUGCCGCCAGUGCAGCCUGCUUUGCUGCAGCGCGACUCGACCCAGGCCACUACCAUGUCACCGCUGCAUUUUUCGGCAACUAAUACUACGCUGCAACGCAUCACAUCACCGACGCUGAAGCCGCAGUUGAGUCCGCCAGGAUCUUUUCCCCUGCGAACGCAACAUCUGCGUUCACCGCUCUCACAGCCUGUGGAGCCAGAUUCGAAUCCUCCAGCUAUCUCCCUCGAUUCACCAUAG